AUGGCCUGGCAGGCCCCCUCGAUGCUGUGGAACCAGCAGAUCGUGACAAUUUUCGGCGGUGAUGCGUUGUUGGCUGGAUGGUACUAUAACAUCAUCUUCGCCGGCCCUGCCCUCGGCCAAAUCAUCGCCGGCGUCAUGGCCACCGGAUUCCCCAUCCUCCAAUCGCAACUUGUCAUCGCCGCCCUUCUCGUCCUGGCCUUCGGCCCCGCCCUCGCCGCCUACACGUCGACCCAGCUGUCGCUGUCGCUGGUUUUCGGGCUGGUCGCCGGCGCCGGCGUCGGCAUCACCGACGUCCUGUGUAUCGUCGGCACCGUGUCCACUGCGGGCGUCAAUCUUAAGGAAUAUGGCGUCGCUGCUGGGGUGGUGUGGACUGCGAGGAGGAUUGCUACGGCCAUUGCUUGUAAGUUCCACAAUCUACAAUCUACAAUCCACAAUCCACAAUCUACAAUCCACACAAGACAAGAUCAAGAUCAAGAUCAAGAUCAAGAUCAAGAUCACGUCCAACACAUAAAGAUCAAGAUCACAUCACAUCAACAUCUACAUCUCAUCACAUCUCAUCACAUCCAUCACAUUCACAUCCUUGUCAAGAUCUACAUCAAGAUCUACAUCCCUGUCAAGAUGAACAAGAAACUGGCCAUCUACUAUGUUAUAUUCCAAUACCCUUCAAUGUUCGUUUGUCGACGGACACGGAAAGAAAAAGAAAACAGAAGAAAAAAGAAAACAGAAGAAAAAAGAGAAGAAAUUGAUUAUGCCCUUCAAUGUCCGUCUGUCGACGAAAACGGCAGAAACGGCAAGAGAAAAGAAAAGAAAAAAAAAGUUAACUGCAUGUCCACUACUGACCUCUCCCAGCUCAACAGCAAAGUCCAGAAAAACCUCCUCUCCCAAGUCGUCCCCGUCCUGAUCAAAGGCGGACUCACGCCCCAAGCGGCCCAGAGUUUCCUCCAGCUCCUCCUGGCCGGCGACUCGGCGUCUCUGUCGACCGUGCCGGGAGUGACGCCGACACUGGUCCAGACGGCCUCGGUGGCGGCCCGCGGCGCGUUCGCCGACUCGUUCAAGGUCGUGUAUUUGACCAGUAUUGCCUUUGGGGCGUGUGGCGUCAUCACAGCGGCACUCGCCCAUAAUGGCAGACUGGACAAGACGCGGACUAGGCUCGUUGCGCGGAAGCUGGGGUCGCGGCCACAGGGGGUGGGGUGGGGGAAAUGGUUGAUUCCUGUGGGGAAGGGUCGUGAACAGACUUAA